AUGGCUUCUACAUCGGCUGUUCCCGCUAACCAUUCGUUGCACGAUAUGAUGCACGAUUUGAUGCUCAAAUCCGACGAAACUGAGGACGACGGUAUAUCAAGAGAACUCGACCUAACCGAGGUCGGAAUUAUCAGGAAGCUUCGUUGGCAUAUCGACCGUAUACCCAUUCUGGAAAAAUUCCGCAGGUCGGUUGACAUGGCAGCAAUGCCAACCAAUCGUGAAGAGUAUCUCAGAACGAAGCUGCAUCAAGCGUACCCGAAAUUGCAUGCUACUGUUCUGAAGAAUAUAUCUGCCGAGGGUCAGAAACUUGUUAGCCCCGAGAAGAUCAAGGAGAUUGCCGAGAUCUUCCUCCAGAUAGCUGGGGGAUUUCACAAGAAGUGGUUCUGGACUUAUGACGAUAGAUUCAAUAUACGGUUGACGAAGUUUCGGAACACUCCACCGACCGUGUCAUACCCGGAGACAUUCCACCUGUUCCCAAAACUCCCGUCGGAGUUGAGACAUAUGAUCUGGGGUUUCGCGGUGUGGACACAAGACAGAUUCGUGGACACGUAUCGCCUACGCAGAAUCAAGUCAGCUCCUUGCCCUGCCUUAUUCCUUACUUGUAAGGAGGCUAAACUCCAUGCGACUAAGAUGUACAAGCGAGUCAGGAACGGAGACCUUCUUUAUGGAAAGAUCAUGCCGGCUUCCCGUAAGGUGAGGGGACCACUUAUUUCGUUUGAAAACGAUAUCGUGAUGAUAGGCGACUGGGAACUCUGGAAUUCCCUCGGGAAACCUUAUCCCAAAGAGAUAGUCAAACUACAGGCAAUGGGGUUGCCUCUGCGACCUAUUCAUAAACGCAUCGAGAAACUGAGCACAUGGGGUUUCCACCGAGUUCUCCUAGAGCGCCCCCACUACGUGCAUCCCGAAUUGUUAUUCUACAAGAAUUCACGCAGGCAUCUCACCAACUUCACGAAAUACGGCGUACGCUGUGAUUGGGGUUGGACCUGGACGGAUAAUAUGGAAGAGGUAUGGACUGUCGAUGGAGUCCAUAACUACAUCGAUGAUAGCGUCAGAAAAUACAUCGCUCGUGUUUUCCCGCCAGUCCCCGGCGAUGACUGUAUCUGUUCCCUCUGCGAGCGAGCCGAUCUUGCGAAUGGGGAGCCGCUUCUUUACCAGAAGCCAGAUCCUUCUGAUUUUGAGGAGCAUGAGAGAAUCUUCGAAACGAUUGACGCCGGAUACUACUGGGGAGGAAACCCAAUGAGCAUGGCACAGGGGCUCCGGCUCAGCAAUAUGCAACUUCUGUGAAGCCUGUACAAGG